GAUAGCUGGUGGAGAAACUGAAAGAAAAGCAGCAAUGGAUAAACCCUAGCACAUGGCAAUGGCACCACCACUUCAACUACUUCAAUCACCCCUCCUCCUCCAUCCCCAUCCCCAUCUCCACCUUCAUCUCUCUCAUCCUUUCUCUCUCCUCCCUCACACCCCCUUCAGAAUCUCAACAACCAGCUCAAUUCCCCCACCAAAACCUCACAAAUUCCGAACCCCCAAACCCCCCAGAGCCUCCGUUAAUGCCGACCAGACCACCCCCACAAAACCCACUCGCCGCAAGAGAACCCCCUCCACUUCUUCAACAACUCCGAAACCCAAAACCCGAAAACCCAAAACCCAGAAGGGAACGACUGAACCAAACGAACCAUUGGAAACCCAGGAAGAAACAGUAAUCACGAAAGACCCAGAACUGAUUUGCUGCCUCGGCGGCGCACGGAAGGAGUUCGUGCCCACGGUCCGGGUGGCCGAGGUGCAAAUGCACCCGGACAUGUACUCCCAGUGGAAGAUGCUGCAGUGGAAGCCGCCGGAGUUCGCCCGGGCCCCAAGCGGGCCCGCAUCAAACGUGGCGAUAGCCCACGUCAGGCUGGGCGGGCGGACGGAGUUCGUAGGGAAGGUGGGGAGGGAUGGUCUUGGCGAGGAGAUGGUUGAGUUGAUUGUAAAGGAGAGAGUUGGGACCAGGGGGAUGAAGGUUGAUGAGAGUGGGAGAACUGGGCGUUCAUAUAUGAGGGUUAAGUUUGAUGAGGAGGAAGGGAAGGUUAAGGUUGAGACGGUUAGGGAAUCGGCUGAAGAUUCGUUUGUCAGUUCUGAUCUGAACCUUGAUGUGCUAAAAGAGGCAAGUAUGUUGCAUUUCAAUUCGGAAGCCCUAAUGUCUCCUCCUAUGCAUUCAGCUGUUCUCAAAGCAAUCUCAUUGUCUAAAAAGUUUGGUGGCCUUAUAUUUUUCGAUUUGAAUCUGCCCAUGCCCUUGUGGAAAUCACGUGACGUAACUAGGGAAUUGAUCAAGAGGGCUUGGGAGCAAGCAGACAUACUUGAGAUGACCAAGUAUGAACUAGAAUUCCUUCUGGAUGACGGGUACUACUCAUGGAGGAGAGAUUACAAGCAUCAAUACUAUGCUGAGAAUCAUGAGCGAAGUAUGGACAGGAGAGAUUAUUACCACUACACCCGUGAGGAAAUCUCCCCACUGUGGCACGAUAAGUUGAAGUUCCUAUUUGUGACAGAUGGAACGCUUCGGAUUCAUUACUAUACACCUUCUUUUGAUGGUGUGGUGGUUGGAACGGAGGAUGUGCUUAUAACUCCUAUGACUGCUGAUAGGACGGGAUCUGGUGAUGCUGUUGUUGCUGCUAUCAUUAGGAAGCUGACAACACAACCCGAGAUGUUUGAAAAUCAAGAUGUAUUGGUGAGGCAGCUUCGCUUUGCAAUUGCUGCAGGGAUUAUAGCGCAGUGGACUAUUGGUUCUGUGAGAGGGUUACCGACGGCGAGUGCUGCCCAAAAUCUGAAAGAACAAGUUUAUGCGCCAUCAAUGUGGUAGAAGGGUAGUUUCAUUAAAAUCAGUCCACACUGUAAUCUCCAUUUUGAUGUGUCUUCUGUCUGUAGCAGUGAUUUAAGAUGUAUGUAUGUAACGAAGAGAGAAGGUGUAAAUGAUGGAGAAAUACUUCAGACCAAAUUACACAUUUUUGUUUCCCAUUUCAUUUUGCUAACUAUCGAAAUAUGCCAUGGCAGUUUGUGUCA